AUGGAAUCCAUAACAGAAGAACAUGUCUUAUCUCAAAAAAUGAGUCAACUAUCUACCAAUACAACAGAUACAAAAGAGUGGAGUUUGUUGAAGGAGAUCAAAGUAGAAAUUGACAAAGUUCCAGGUUAUCUUACAAAACGGAAUAUACUGUUCAAUCAGAUGUCAGGUCAAAUCCUGCCACAAAUGGAACUAGAGAUGACAGUAGAUGACGAACAACCAAGUACCAUCAACAAUAUAAACAGAUUACGAAAAAUCGCUAUUUUAAUUUAUAAAAUUUUAAUUAUACAAACUUAUCAGCUUCUAUGGGCUGCUUAUUUAAAAUCAGGUAUAGGACAAUUGAUUAUCCCAUCUCAAACAAAAUUACCCUACAACACAACUUUACCAAUAUGGCCAAAGGAAAUUAAAACAAUGUUAUUAGCAAACAACGUAGAACAUAUGAAUAAGAAUGAAACUUAUUUUAAUUUUGUCACUGAUCAGUUGCAUGGUUUAGAUUCUUAUUUAAAACAAUUUCAAACAGAAUUAAAUGUUAAAGCUAAUAAUUUAAAAGGUUUCACGUUAACAAGUCAAAAUAUAAUUCAAGCGUACAUUGGAAAAAACCUACAGAUUUUUCGUAUGGAAAUUGAACAUAAAAUUGAACUUGUUUAUUAUGAUUAUCAUAUUCGAGCAUUGAAAUUAGAAUACUAUCAGCUUAAUCCAAAUCCUUUUCAGAAACAACUAAUGAUAGACAUAUGUCAAAGUGAAUAUGAACGAGAAACAGCAGAGCAAGAACUGAAUUUUCUUCAACAACAAAUUACUUAUUCUAAUUCGUCAAGUCAAUCAUUUGAAUAUUCACUAAUAGCUCAUGAUCCAUUAAUUGAUUCUAUAGAAAAUCUAGAUACUCGACAACACUUAUAUCAGCAAUAUAAACAAGUCGCUGAACAAGCCAGAGCAAACUUAUUCACUUUCUAUAUGAAGACAGCUAAAGAGCAACGAGACGAAUAUAAAAACAAGCAUGAAUCUAAUUUACAAAAAAUGUGGAAUGCCUAUCGUUCAACGUCGUCUGAUAAUGAGAAAAUAUCUACAAGCAUGCUCGAUCUUAUACAUCAACGUUGUAUGAAAAUUAAUGAACGUAUUAAAUGUGUCUACAAAUUUAAAGCACUUUCAAUUCGUUUAGAAUUUUAA